AUUAAUUUAAAUUUCAUUCAUAGUCAGUAGAUGCAUAAACUAAUAAACUAAAGUAAAGUGGAGAUACCAAAGGUAUAAAAGUACAAUAUAACAUGACAAUUAUUAUUACUAGUAUCAUCCUGUUUGUUACAUACUGUUUGUUUGUUAGCACCGGCUGUGAGCGCAGUAGCCCCGUGUCCCCGGUCACCGGCGGGGCCGGGAUUCGCAUUGUGGGACGCACCCGCAUGCGAGCCCCGGCCCGUCACUUACCCACGUCCACUCCUGCUGCUGCUUCAUCUCAGCCUCGGCACGCGCGUCCCCAUCCCUUAGGGUUCGUGCAUGCCGGAGCUUUGAAAUUUAAAGGGCCAGUGCGCCCAUAAUUAGUAAGUGAACAUGAACACUACAUUAUAAAUCCCUGCACCUCCCACAGAUGCCUGCCGAAUCUUCAAUGCUCAUUGCCUAAGAGAAAGCAUUCCCAUUGCCUGUUUUGCCUACCCGUGUUACCAGACUUCCUUGCUACGUUUUUUGACUACGAACUUUGCCGCCUGCCAUGACCUUCUGCUACGUUGACUAUGCCUCUGUCUCAUCCUCCUGUACCUCGCCUUGCCCAGUACCUGUGUGGUUGAGCCGUAUCGUGGGGUAGCGACCUGGGUGCCGCCUGCCACAGCAAAUCCAUCCUGCCUUGUGGCGGGCUCUGGUCAAGACCAGCGGCACCUUAGCCUCCGCUCCCCGAUAGGGUCCGAGUCAUCAAUUAAUGCUUCAGGACUGCAUCCGGCCCUCUGGCCAUUUCGUUCCUUUCCCUAAGGGGACCUACGUCGAGGACAACUCUUUUUAAGUAAAUGGGUUUGUGGUGUCCCGGUACAGGACCUUGUCCUGUUCCUGUCCUAAGUCUCCUCAGGAAGAGUCCCUGCAGUCCAGAGGGCUCUCCUGCAGGGCUUUUCCCCCUUGCUAAUCAGUUACACCUUAUAUAAAUGUAUUGUAAAUGUAUUGUGCAUAUUGUUAUUUGUAUAUAAUGUUGUACAAAUGUAUAGGACCUUCCUGGGUCAUGUGAUACUGUCAUGUGAUGUACCCAGAGUUCCCUGGGUACAGGACCCACAGGCUUUGCAACCAAUGGGCUUUAGUCCAGCUUCCUUAGUAUAUAAGAGGCUGUAGUCUCUAAAUUCACAUUCUUAUCUCCUGGAUCCAAAGCAAGCACAAUCUCAGCAUAAACUGCACAAUUGCAGCUAGGCCAAAGCCUAAGGAACCUGCAGCAACUAUCAAGCUCUAUCUACAAAUUCUAGUGACUACUAUUCAACUCAAGUAUACAAUUAGUAGCACAGUGGCCUGCAUAAAUCUCAAUACUACAAGUCCCAACAAGCCUGCGACGUAUCCUGCAUCCUGGUUGCCUCUAGAGAAACUGCAUAAUUGUAAAGACUGGUCCAUAAGAAGUUUAAGUAAAAGUUCCAGUUAUCUCAUAAUUCCUGCUGUGGACAUUCCUUUAUUGCCUGCCGUUUUUGGGCUGGUUGUCGGCAGGGCCUUAUACAGAAAACAACCGCAACCUGCCGUCACGACAAAUUAGGGGUUAAUACCACCUUACUCCACAGGGUUAAUACCACCAGACCCUGCAACACCAUUGCAUCACCCCGCUCACCACAGUAGCAACAUUUCGACCAUCUCUCACGGUCUUUGUCACACUAUGGCACUGUGGUUUUGAAAUAAAGGCUCACGUCUUGUGGACAGUUGUGUAAUAUCCUAUCUGCUGGAACACGCCCUAUAAAAUACAAUUUCCAUUUCCGUUCUUGUAAAUCCAGAAGCCAUGGCGUCUGCUGAUGUGAGAGACGAGCUGCUCUGCUCCAUCUGUCUGAGCACUUUUACAGCUCCUGUAACCCUGAGAUGUGGACACAACUUCUGCCGGGUCUGUAUUGCUCAGUUCCUGAAUACACAGGACGGGUCUGGAGUUUAUUCCUGUCCUGAAUGUAGAGAAAAGUUCCGGGAACGGCCAACACUGAUAAAGAACAUAACACUACAUAAUGUAGCAGAACGUUUCCGAUCUACUCAGCCACAUCAGGAGGAGAUCACCGGGAUCUACUGCACUUACUGUGUGGACUCUCCUGUACCUGCUGUGAGAUCCUGUCUGAUGUGUGAGGCUUCUCUGUGUGAUAAACACCUGAAACUUCACAGCAAGGAACCAGAACACGUCCUGAACGAUCCCAGAACUUCCCUGGAGAACAGGAAAUGUCCCAUCCAUAAUAAGAUCCUGGAAUAUUACUGUACUGGGGACAAUACUUGUAUCUGUGUGUCCUGCAGUUUGAUUGGAAACCACAGAGGACAUAACAUGGAGUCUCUAGAUGUGGCCUCUGAGGAGAAGAAGAAGCAGCUGAGAAAUGUUCUACAGAAUCUGAUCACAAAGAGAGAGAAGACUGAGGAAAGAGUCCGAAGUCUAGAGGAACGCUGGAGAAAAGCUCAAGAAAAAUCAUCUGGAGAAGCGGAGAGAGUCACUGCCCUGUUUAUAGACAUCAGGAGACGGCUGGAUGACCUGGAGAAGAGGAUCCUAAGUGAGAUCUCCAGGCAGGAGGAGAAGAUGUCACUGUCUGAUGUCAUCCAGAAGCUGGAGAUAAAGAAGAACGAGCUGUCCAGGAAGAUGAGGGACAUUGAGGAGCUGUGUAACAUGACGGAUCCACUGACUGUCUUACAGGAUCCAGACACAGGUGACUUGUGUGAUCCUGAGGAGGGGGGAGGUGAUGAGGACACAGGGGGACAUGAUACCACACAUGAUGUAGAUGUGAAUGUGAUUACAGGGAUGUUACAUGCAGUUUUCUCUGAUAUAGUGACAUAUCUGCAGACCAUCUCCCCCCCAAAACCAAAGAGACCACAGCCCCCCAGUGUCCGAUCUCUGCCCAGUCACCCACAAGCUUCACCUGUGUCAGGUCCACAAUAUGGGGGUGAUGGUGUAAUAGUCAGGACUGGGGGGGAGGGGGCGGCUGCAGGAGAGGGAGGGGUGUAUGGGCAGGGUCCUGCAGACAUAUUACUGGAUGUAAACACAGCUCAAAAUUAUAUCCAUGUAUCAGACGACAUGAAAACUGCAACCUGGACAGAUACAAAUCAAAAACGUCCAAAAACAGCAGAGAGAUUCCAGAAUUAUCCUCAGGUGAUGAGCAGCGGGAGAUUCUCCUCAGAACGACAUUACUGGGAUGUGGACAUUAGGGAAUCAGGAUGGGAAUGGAGAGUGGGGAUGUGUUAUCCCAGUAUAGACAGGACAGGUGUGGAGUUAAGUUUUGGACAUAAUAACAAGUCCUGGUGUUUAUAUGGAGGGCAGGUGUAUAAUAAUCAGUGUUCAGUGAUAUAUAACAGAAAGAAGAUCCAGUUACCUCACCAGAUCUCCAGUAAUAGAUUCAGGAUCUGUCUGGAUUAUGAGGCCGGGCAGCUGUCCUUUUAUGAGCUGUGUGACCCCAUCAGACACUUACACACCUUCACCACCACCUUCACCGAGCCCCUUCAUGCUGUAUUAUAUGUAUAUAAUGGUUCUAUAAAGAUAUCAGGGGGAGGAGCAGCUGUGAGGAGACAUCAUCAUAGAGGAAAUCUGCCCAGCAACUGGUGACAUCACAGGGAGCAGAAUCUGAUUGGUGGAGCAUUCAGCCUAUAGGAUUGAUAUGGCAAUUAUGUGUAUACAAUAUAAAAUAUAGUAAAGAAUGAAGUGUAAGCAUAGUUAAGGUAUAAUUUUACUAUAUGUUAUUUAUAAACCUCAGAGAGAGGGGGCUCAUAUAUUGUUUCGCCUUAAAUGGUCUUAUCUAAGCUGCUGUAUUCUGGCGAUGAAACCCUAAAGGCAUCAUGUCAUUGGGUAAAGAUGAUGAUGUCUAAUGUGCACUAUAAAUAAAGGUUGAGCUGUUUGAGGAUGUUUGUGUGUCCGAUUCUUCAUGGCUGUUCUAUACAUACCCUUCUCUAAGAAAGGUAGAAGACUAAUUUGGAUGCACACAAACAAGUAAGAGCCCUGUUUUGGGGGGAUCGUGAAAAUAUUACCAUGUGAGUUUUGGAGGGGGCGCCCGGAUCUCAAGUGCUGUUCGGACAAAUGAUCGCAAGGUUCCUCAAU